AUGACGCCCCGGCUACCUCUGCCAAUCCAACCACAGAGUAUCAACCCGCCGCCACCGCAGUCGCCCCAAGCUAAAAGAGAAGACCUCAUUGAUGCUGCUGACCAUCACGGUCGAGAUGACCUGACGUCACUCAAACGGCGCCGUCUCGAAACGGUGGGGUCACAUUCACCCGUCCCCCGACCCUCCUCGGCACAUACACAUACCCAGUUGUCGCCCAACGGCCAGCAGCAGCCACCGUCGCCUUACCACUACCCUUACUCGCAUACAACAAACUCCACUCAUCAUCUUCAGCAUCAGUCAGCCCAAUUGCAUCAGCCCCCGCCGCCGCAACUGCAACAGCAGCAUCCACCGCCACCACCGCCACCUUCCCUCCACGACUAUCAUUACACACAUGGCCCUCCAAUCUCGCCAAACAUGACGCAGGCACCUCCUGCUGUCCAGACGCCAACACAGACACCCCUGGGCUUGCAUCAACCCCAUGGCGGCAUUCAUGGGCCUCCCCCUCCCCCUCCCCCACCACAAACCCUGAUCUACCCUCACCAGCAGUACUUUUCGCCGUAUGGUGUUGGUGAUAUGCGGUACCCCACGCCGCCGCAGCCCAUGGCUCAUGCCCAUGGUCCCUCUGGCCCCAUGCCUCCCAUGGGCCCACCACACUCGCAUCUGCAGCACCACCACAUUCCUCCACCCCCGCCACAUCUGAUGGGCCACCAAAUGCAGCUUGGAGUGGCUGUGCCUGGCCCGUCGUUUGCUCUGCGACGUCCCAUUCCGGCACGCCAGCGGACCUCUAUUGCAUGCCGGUACUGUCGGCGGCGUAAGAUCCGGUGCUCGGGCUUCGACCCCGAGAAUCCAGACUCACGUUGCUCCAACUGCAUUCGCUUCAACCAGGAGUGUGUGUUUAUCCCCGUGAGCUCCAUGGCUUCCACGGACAAAAAGAGCGGUAGCGCCGAUGGGGCUAGUGCCGAUGGAGUGGGCGCUGGGGGAUACGACCGGCUGUCACCAACGCUGUCAGACUCUGACAAGCGAGAGUGGAAGCCUCAGCCGCACCCCACGUCGCCGACCGAGAUUCGCAACGCUAUUUCGCCUGCCAUAUCUCCGUCUCCGCCUACUGCAGCAGCAGCAUCUUCGGCUGCGGCAGCAGCAUCUUCUGCGUCAACGUCGCCAACGUCGGCUACAAGCUCCACGGCACCCACCCGUAGCAAGUUAAGCAUCCAAAACUUGCUAGGCUGA